UAAUGCAUGAGUAGAUUGGACGUGGAUACAGUUCUAAGGUGUAUAAGGGGAAAGAUGAGAACAAUGGAGAAGUUGUUGCUGUAAAAGUAAUUGAUGUGAAAGCAAUAAGUAAUGAGAUAGAGAGAUAGUUGAUUAAUUAAGAGAUCAAUGCACUCAAAUUAAUAUAGUCAGUCAAUGUUAUCAAAUUGCAUGAUUAUUAUCAUACUAAUAACAAUACAUACAUAAUCACUGAAUAUUGUAAUUAAGGGGAUUUAGGCAAACUUAUUUAAUAAUAAGGUAUAAUACCUGAAGUUGAAGCCUUUAAAAUAUUGAGACAUAUAAUCAAUGGAUUUAAAGAGUAAAUUAGAAAAGGAGUAAUUCAUAGAGAUAUUAAACCAACAAAUAUCUUAAUAAAGAAUUCAGUUCCAAAAUUAGCUGAUUAUGGUUUCUCUAAAAUGAUAAAGGCUCCAAAAGAGAAAGUAUUUUAUAAAGUAGGUACUCCUAUUUAUAUGAGUCCUGAAAGUUAUUUAGAGAAUAAAUAUUCUGAGAAGAGUGAUAUAUGGAGUAUUGGCGUUGUCUAUUAUUAAAUGUUAUAUGGUUAAUGUCCAUGGGUAAUAAAUUCUGAAAGUGAAUUUUAAGAAUCUGUAUCAUAAUUACAUUUUAAUCGUAACGUUCCUAUAUCAGAGGAAUCAAAAGAUUUUUUAAGGAGAGCCUUGUAAGUGGAUGAAAAUCAGAGGUUAUCUUUGAUUGAAAUUGAUUAACAUCCACUUUUUUUACGUAGAAAUACAACUGCCUUAAAUAAAAUGAGAGGAGCUUUAGUUAGUAAUUCAUUCAAUAAAUCAAUUACUAAUAUUAAUGUUGUUAGAGUGAAUUAAACAUAGCAAUGUACAAGAAGUGGAUCUACUUCACAUAAGCAUUAAAAAUCGAAUUAAGUAAAAGAAAAAAUGGGAACAAUAAUUUAACACACAUACUAAAGUUUUCAUUAUGGUAUUAUUUCCUUUAAUUUUGAAUAUAGAAUCUCAAGCAGAAGAAAUAAUUUGCAAUUUGUUGAAUUAAUGUAAAUUUGUCUAUCGUACUUGUUAAUUGAUUGAUCAUAUAAAAUAUCUAUAAUCUCCAAGAUUGAAAGAGAAGAUUAUAGGAUAUUUUGGUAGAGAAGUGAUGGAAAUUAUGAAUAAAGUAUGUGUAAUAUUUAUUACAAGCUAAAAGAAGCAUAUGAAAAAGGAAUUAAUAAUAUUAAAGUGAUUAAUUUUAAUCAUUAAUUUGUGAUUGCUAUACUUAAUAAAUAUUAAUUUAGAGAAUCCUAUCUUAAAUAUAAAGAAUUUUAUGGAAUAUCUUAAUAGGGUGAUAUAUCUAUUUUAAAAGAGAUUAUUAGAGAAUUGAAUCAUUAACUUAGAAUAAAUGAAUAAAAUGAAACUGGUAUUUUGUUAUUGGAUUAUUUAACUUAUUAUUAUUAGGUUAUAAAUAGUAAUAGUAUCUAAUAAUUUUUGGAUGGAAAACCUAUUAAUGAGAUUAUGCCAAGUCAUUAUUAAGAAAUUAGAGUGAAAAUAUAUAAUUUAGAUAUAUGA